UAUACAACGAAUAUUAAUUCAGGUCUCGAUCCGGCUGGUCCAGGAUUUGAAUAUCUACAAAUUGAUGUUCCACAUCUUAAUUACAAUGAUGCAUUAUUUGUAGACGUGAUUCAUACAGCUGCAGGUGUGAUCGGUUAUUCUAAAUCAAUAGGCCACGUUGACUUUUAUCCAAACGGUGGAAAAUCACCUCAGCCCGGAUGUAAUCAAGGCAGACGUCCAACAAAUAAACUUAGUGCUAUACAUUGUAGUCAUUCAAGGGCAUAUUUACUUUACGCAGAUACUGUAUACAAUAGAAAAUCAAUAGUUGGUAUACAAUGCAACUCCUGGGAAAAUUUUCAAAAUGGAGCUUGCAAUUCUGGACAGAUGUCAUACAUGGGUCACGAUACUACACCAAAGUUAGAACUUAUUACUAACACCCAUUGAACUGGAAUUUACUCCGUGCAAUGGUAUACACCAGUGACGGUGACGUUCUCAGGGUUUUAUAAUGACAAUGGAUGAAUGUUUUUUAAAGACUUAUGGCCAAAUUUUAACGUAUUAUAAAAAUAAAAAAUGAUAAUUUUUCAAACAUUUUAACAAGGGUAUUCACUUUC